AAUCCAUAAGAUGAAAUAUAGAAAAUAAACUAACCUAUCCUUCCAAUGGUAUUUUUCAAGAAGUAUUCCAUAAAAAGUGUAAACAUAAUUACUUUUUUAAUAAGUGUCAUAAUUAUUGCUUAGAAGAAUUUACAAAUCCAAGAGAAAUAACAUGAAACUAUUCAAUCGGUGGCCUCCAAGUGCAAUAUUUCUGGUAUUGGUUUUGGUUGGAACACGCAUUUUCCCUCGGUCCUUUGAAGAGGAUCAGAACAAAAGUGAUGCUAUGUAUACUCUUCCGCCUGACGAGAUGCCAAACGAAGAAGAAAGAGAAGAAGAAGAAUUGGAAGAAUGGGACGUUGAGGCUUUAAAUAACUUAGAAUUCGAUGAAGUUGGAAAAUUAGGUGAAGUGGAGCUAAUGGAAGCAUAUAUUAACGGAACAACAGAAGAACCGGAUCUGAGCACAGAACCUUGGGUGAAGGAAGCUGUGCUGGACGUAGCCUACUUCCUGAGGUCUCACAAGUUCAAUGAUUACGACCGGCGGUACCACAACGAGUCAGAAGGAAUGAAAGCUGUGCAGUUCAACCAUUUCCCGAGACCCCAACUGAGGUACCUGCACUGGGAGGUGUACAAGUAUUGCAGUAGAGGUUUCUUCCGCUGUCUAGGCUAUCUGAACACAGUUAUCGGUAGUGCGCUAUUGACAAGAUCAUCGGACUCUUGUAAAAUCAUCAACGAGCACAAAUGGGAAUAUCCUCGUAACGCCGGAUCCAUAGAAGCGGUAGAGAUGGAGUGCGUAAGACUAAGAAAAAUUGACUGGGAAAAUGCUGAUCCUUUCAAAGGGCCUCUGGAAAGAUUCCAGUGGCGAGUCUCAGCCAGCUACUACAUGUGCCACUUCACAAUGCUCGAGAAUCCAUCCCUCAUCAUGUUCGGGGAGAGGUGUGACAACUUUGCCAACUGUUUGAUGGGCCGUUCAGCCAAAAACUACGAUCCCCGUGCGGACGACUCCAAAUCUUUCCAGUGCGCAAUGUACAGCUUCUGUCCGGACCCUUGCUGCAACAAGAAAGUAAUAUCGAGCACUGAGGAUUGUUGGGGGCUGGAGGACAACCCUUGUUACUGGCAAACGGACCCGGAAAAGAAACGGUGUGGGUUUAACAGAGAAGAUAACAGAGAUCUUGCUUCUGUCGUGCUCAAUGAAUGGAAUGUCACUUGCCACUGUGAACCAGGGUACGAAUGGGAAUCCAUGUUCGGUUCAUGCGUUGACAUUGACGAGUGCUCCACGGGUACCCAUACGUGCGUCCCGACCAUCGAAAUGUGCAUCAAUCUGAAAGGAAAUUACAGCUGCGCCUGCGCAUGGGGAUAUAUAAACGUCACCGGGUCGUGUGUACCCAAUAAAGUUUUAAACAACGCUCUAGACGAUCUUCACGCGCUGUACCACAAAACCAAAGUGGGGAGCUCUGAACCGUUUUCGUUUCGGAAAUAUAUUACUGAUUUUAUUGCAGGAUUUUUUUCUACCAACCGAACUGCUAAAACUACCACUGAACAGGCCUCCACUACGGAAAUUCCUCAGUUCAAUUUCGAUAACUGAUAUCUAAUUGAUGCAAUAAAAUGUAUAUGGUCAUGACUGAGCUAUAAAUAAAUAUUCUUAUUUGUAAAUGCACCA